UGAAGACAAAAAUACAUAAAAACAACCUAAUUCUAUCUGUUGGUGUGUCAAGCCAUGGAAAUCUCCAAUCUAGGAGGGGUGUUCGGCAAUGGGAGAGCCAAGGAAUCCUAGCAAUGGCAUGACAACACCAAUAUCACAACCGCCUCCACCACCCGCUCCACCGUCUAAAUCUCGGUCUAUAAAGAAAAACAAACAAAAGGUUUUCCGAGUUGUUCGUUCUGUUUUUCAUUCCCUCCCGGUCAUCAACCCAUCCGCAUUAAAAUUGUCUACCGGUGUUCUGCUAAACAAACACCGAGAAAGUUGUUCCAGUAAUCAUGUUACUGGAACACUUUUUGGGUACAAAAAAGGCCUUGUUAGCCUUUCAAUACAAGAAACCCCCGGGACAUUUCCUAUGUUAAUUUUGGAACUCGGGCUCGAAACAACCAUGUUACAAAGAGAAAUGGGUAAAGGGUUGGUUCGAAUAGUGUUAGAAUGUGAAAAAAGGCCCGACAAGGAGAAGAUAAAGAUUGUUGACGAACCGUCAUGGAAAGUGUUUUGUAAUGGAAAGAAGGGUGGGAAUGGGGUGAAACGAGAGGCGACAACGGAUGACUUGCGUAUCAUUGAGAUGCUCCGGAUGGUAUCGAUGGGUGCCGGAAUGUUGCCAGGAAAUCCUGAGGUCGAAGGCCCAAAUAGUGACAUGGCAUAUGUUAGGGCGCAUUUUGAUCGUGUGGUGGGGUGUAAGGAUUCGGAAACACUUUAUAUGAUGAGCCCGGAUCGAAAUAAUGGGCUAGAAUUAAGUAUAUUCUUUGUAAGGGUAUAAAUAUUGGAUUAUCAAAUGAGUUGAUAUUAAUUUUCAAUGUUAACUUUGUAAUAUAAUUCAAGAAUUUUUCAUAAAUAUUUUAGGAGAUCGAAGGGAUUCAACCGAAAUGUAGCACGAAGAAUAUUUCACUUUUAAGAUCCAAGAUUA